AUGCUCUCGACUCUUCGAACUUGCUUCAACAUCAUCCGCACAAUCAUCACAAUGACGACUACCAACUUUGGCGCUUUCACCAGCCUCCUCAACGGAAAGCAUCAAACCAACGAGCUUUCCAUCAACAGCAUGCCCGCUUCAGUCAAGUCUGCAGGCUCGACCGGGUCGUCGCUGCCCAGAGAGCGCUCCAUCACUCCGAGACACGUCUUCACCAGUCUCGACGAGGCCCAUCAAGCCAUCACCACCAAGGCCACAAAGCAAGCCGCGCACUCCAUUGCCAACGGCGCUCAGCCUGGCUCAAUCCCUUGCGAGUCAUCAGCUGGCUCUUCUGUCGAUGCCGUCUACUCCAACUCAACCACCAACACCGACGAGCAUCCUGCCAUCGAGUCACACCACUGCCCGAGGCAUGAUGGCUUCUCCCGCGGACGUCGCAUCAGUCCUACCCACUUGCGUCGCCACUCAUCCAGUCUUCCCAGCUUCAGCACUCGUGCCCCUCACUACCCUGGCUGGGACGAGAUGACUCCGGCCGCUCGCGCCCAUUUGCACGCUGAAAAGGAUCAUGUUGACGACAACACUCCUGACAACUCGAUCAACACACCUCGCGAGACUGGAAGCACCGUUGAAAACAUCGUGGAUCAGUACCUACCCUCGACCACAACCGACUCUUCUCCUUCAGCUGACGGCCAGCAAAGCCAUUCCACCAAUAAUGCAACUGUUCACUACACCUUGGACAAGAGAGAGACCAUCGAGCCUCCUCAGACUAGAGAAAACACCACCUCUGUCCCCUUUGGCCGUACUUCAAAGCUUUUCCGCAGCCAUGGCCCCCCUCCUCGGGUCCCUCAGCCGCCCAUCCCGGCAGUCCAUCCCUCGACGGUCCUGGCAUCCCCAGUGAUCCGUAACGACCUCCCAGAGGACCAUACCAGCAUUCCAGAGUGCAGCAUGUCUCGUGAGCACUCCUGGUCAACCAUGUCAACCGCAAGCUCUGGUAACGUCGGAGAGCUUCUUGACAUUGCCGACCACAACAAUGUCGGAACAUCCGCCGGCUACAGCAAGGACAACCAAUACCUGGAAGCCAACCACCACGAGUUCAACCAACGACCGUGUGGCCCCUGA